GUUGAGACAAUGGUGCAUUUAUUUUUCCGGAAUUAAUAAAUUGACUUACUUAGGAUUAAUAUAAUUGCAUAUAAUUCCUGGUUUUUCCCCACCGGAUUUUUCAAUUGUCUGCCCAGACAGUAAUUUCACAAAAAUCGCUUCUCGUGCAUUCACCUUCGACCAUUUGUGGCAGAUUUUUUUAAACUGUUAAGUAUGGGAUUUGACUCAAUAACCUGUAAUAAACUUGUCUGGUGCACUCUGAUAAUUGCACUCUGGACGUGCACAUUGGAAGGAUCGGGACACCUGAUGUCUUCCGAAGGAUUGCUUCCCCCUCCAAAAACACUCUUGGAAGACCCCUUGAUAACACAUCAAAGGACUUUGGUGGGAGGAGGACCUUCAAAUCAGUAUCAAAGGUCGCUCGCCAGUUUGGAUCGUCCCGUCAUGGGAAAUUUCGAGAAUAGUUCCCUCAAGAUAAUGGAGGACGUCAAGGCCGGAUUACGAUACCUCUUCCAAACAGAGAACAAAUGGACGCUUGCCCUGAGCGGGGGUGGCUCAUUGGCGAUGGACAUAAUCCUCGACAACCUUGUCGAACCAGGGGAUGUCGUUCUUAUCCCGACAUUUGGUCUGUGGGGGGUCCGAGCAGCGGAUAUCGUGGAAAGAUAUGGUGGAAUUCCAAAGAAAAUUGAGGCUGCUCUGGGCUCUGCUUUCUCCUUGAAAGAAAUCGAAGAUGGGAUCGUGACGUAUAAACCUGCCGUCGUUUACAUUACGAAUGGUGAAUCCAGUACCGGAGUUCAUCAAAGUUUACAAGGUGUUGGCGAACUAUGUCGAAAACACUACUGCCUCCUCGUUGUCGACCUUGUCGCCACAAUUGGCGUAAUCCCGUUCCACAUGGACUCUUGGAAAGUGGAUGCUGUAUUUUCCAAUACGCAAAAAGCUCUAGGUUCUCCCACCGGGAUGGCGCCGAUAAGUUACGGGACGCGUUCUAUAGAAAAAAUUACAUCACGAAAAACAAAGCCAAAAUCUUACUUUGCUGACUUGAAAAAUAACUGGAUUCGUAACAACUAUUGGGGAAUUAGUGACCCCGGUGCGGCACAAACGUUCCACUCGAGUUAUCCGAUCUUGCAGAUUUACGCGUUACGAGAAGCGCUCGCAUCCAUCGCGACAGAGGGUUUGGCGCACGGCUGGGCGCGACAUUUCGACGCUACGGCGAAACUUUAUACCGCGAUUGACAACAUGACGACCAUUGAAGGAGGAUCAGGCGUCACAUAUUUUGUGUCGAGGGCUGAACAUCGGCUCACCGGCACGGUCGCGCUCCUCCCUCCGAAAGGCCUGGAUCCGAAAGAAUUGAUGAAUCUGAUAAGACAAAUGUACAGCAUCGAAAUUAAUAUCGGGAUUGGACCAAUGACUGGGAAAAUCAUCCGUAUCGGUGUGCUCGGACCCAACGCUCGACCCGAUAUUGUGGAUGAAAUCGUAUCCGCGAUAAAGUAUGGAUUGAAAAAUUUGAAGAAAUAAUAAAAAUUUGGCACAGUUUCUGAUUUUGUGGGUGUAAAAUAAAAUUUUGACAUUUUUGAUAAA